CCCCUCCAGUAGAGACGGCAAGAAGUUUCAGCGCAGUUCAACUGCGGCCGCGGCUGUAUGAUGUGCUCUGUGAUUGUCUAAAGUAGACGAUAUCAAUAACAUGACCCGAAAAACUUGCUAUCGGUUUCCUCACUCUGCUCGGAAUAAUUCAGUGCUCUGGAGGGAUUUAAUAAAUGGACUCUAACGGGCAGCUGAACUUCAAUUAAUCGUUGCCCUCCGCCCGGUGUCAAACGAAUGGCAAACGUGAAAGUCGCGAUUCGAGUCCGUCCGCUGAACUCCAGGGAGAGUCUGGAUGGAGGACGAUUAGCUGUACAAGUGGAAGACAAAGUGGUGAGGGUCCGAAAUGUGAAGUUGGAGGGGCGUUUGGACAGGCGAUCAGAAGGUUUGCCUGACUCCAGGGAGAAGUUUAUGGAGUUUGGGUUUGAUUUCUGCUACUGGUCCGGGGAUCCAGCGGCUCCCAACUAUGCGUCACAAGAGGAGGUGUUUCAAGACCUGGGUGUGUGUGUCCUGUCUGGAGCUUCAGAGGGGUAUAACGUGUGUCUGUUUGCGUAUGGACAGACGGGCUCAGGGAAAACUUACACCAUGAUGGGCACUCCAGACUCCAUUGGACUGGCACCAAGGAUCUGUCAAGGUCUUUUUAGGUCUGGAGUUGAGUCUGCAGAUGGACAGAGCUGUAGAGUUGAAAUAAGUUUUUUAGAGAUCUAUAAUGAGCGUGUGCGUGAUCUGCUGAGAGGGGCGGAGCAGAAGAAGCCAGCACCCCUGAGGGUUCGAGAACACCCAGAGAAGGGGCCCUAUGUGCAGGGUCUCUCUCAGCAUGUAGUGACUGACUACAAACAAGCAGUGGAUCUGCUUGAGGAGGGCAUCGCUAACCGCAUCACAGCCGCUACACAUGUCCAUGACGCUAGCAGUAGAUCUCAUGCCAUCUUUACCAUUCAAUACACACAGGCUAUUCUGGAAAAUAACCUUCCCUCGGAAAUAGUGAGCAAGAUCAACUUGGUGGACCUGGCUGGCAGUGAACGAGCCGACCCUCAAUACUGCAGAGACAGAAUAACAGAAGGCGCCAACAUCAACAAAUCUCUUGUCACCCUUGGCAUCGUCAUCUCCGCUCUUGCCCAGAACUCUCAGAUGUUCAGCAGCAGUCAGAGCAUUAACAGUGUGCUCAGUGAGGGUGAAGGGAGCACUGUGGGUAGUCAGUCCAGCUCUCUGUCAGGCAGCGGGCGCAGACAAUGCUUCAUUCCCUACAGGGACUCUGUCCUCACCUGGCUUCUCAAAGACAGUCUGGGCGGCAACUCCAAAACCAUCAUGAUUGCAACUGUCUCACCAUCCAGCAGCAGCUACAACGAGACUCUGAGCACCCUCCGCUAUGCAGCUCACGCCAGGAACAUCGUCAACAAGCCAAGAGUCAAUGAGGAUGCCAAUGUGAGGUUGAUCAGAGAACUGCGAGAGGAAAUUGAUCGUCUGAAGAGCAUGCUGCUCAGCUUUGAAAUGCAAAGGAAUCCCAGUCCAUCUCUCAGUGAUGAGAAAGAAGGUAGCUUGUCUGAUAUAGUCCUACAGAAUGAACUGAAGGUGGAGCAGCUGACUAAGGACUGGUCUGACAGUUGGCGUGAUAAGCGAGCCCUGUUGGAGCGCUACAGUGUGGACAUUAAUCAGGACAGAGCAGGAGUUCUCAUUCACUCGCUCUUGCCCCACCUCAUCGCUCUAGAGCCAGACGUCCUCAGCACAGGGGUCACCAUCUACCACCUUCGGGAAGGGGUAACAAGAAUCGGGCCUCAGGAUGACAAUCUGGAAGAGCCUCACAUAGUCUUGCCAGAAGGUUCCUCCUGCGAGAUUGAGAAUAAGAGUGGGGUGGUGACUCUGAAGCCGGUCUCAGGGAACAUCUGCAUAGUCAAUGAAAGAGAGAUCAAUGAGCCCUGCAGACUUGCACAAGGUGCAGUGAUUACCUUAGGAGGACUCCAUAAGUUCAGGUUCAACCACCCUGCAGAGGCAGCUAUUCUGAGGGAGAGAAGACGGACCAGUGAUGGAGGUCUGGUCAACAACUCUACAGAGCUCAACUCAUCCAGUUCUGAUUUAAGGGUUGCAGAAGCAGGUUGUCAUGAGAACGGCAAUGGGACGGCUCCCAGACAGCGACUAGAGGAGCAGCAGUGGUACAUAGAGUGUUUACGAGAGGAGAUUCAGAUGGAGCAGAAAAGAGCGGAGAGAGAUCUGGAAAGAGAGCAGGCACGUCUCCGACAGCAGCACACUGAGAUCAAGCAGUGGAUCGUGCAGGAAAAGCAACGGCUUGAAGCCCACAGGGAAAAGGGAACAUUGGAGUCAGGGGUUCAGACAGAUCUCAUACUUCAUAGUGGAUUAUCAAGUCAGAUGAUGAAGGAGAAAGGCAGUGCUGAAAGAGUCCCACCAUCACCUUUAAUGGGUGACAGGAAAAGAGUGGUGCAGGAGGAGCUGCUGAAGCACCAUGCAUUGCGCAGAGCUGAGAACCGUGUGCGCCGCAAAAGGUUACAUUACCAACUGGAGAAGAUUGCACGAAAGCGCCAUCUGUUGGAGGCGAAGCGAGUGCUGCAAAGGCUAGAAAAUGAGCUUCUACAAGGGGGCGAUGAAGCCUCAUCUCCAUACCUGGGCUACUCCUCAAAGUCCAGGGGACGUCCAAUGACUUUACGAAGGCAUUCAUUUUCUGCUGAUCUGCUGUCCCGACUGUACCCCCAGCACACUCCUAUUUGCAGCCAGUUCCUCAAAAGGAAUAGAUCUUCUGAGUUUACAGUGUCUCUAUCUGGCUUUGCUUGUGCCACUAAAUGGGAAUCAGAUGAAUGUCUCCGAGAUCAAAAGAUUAGAAGACGUUCAAAUACAAUGCCCUCAAGAUAUGAUCAAGGAUCCUCAAGUUUGGCCAGUUUUUCUGACAGCAUCAAAAGUACCAUAAAAGAUGCAAGUUCAACUGAUGCUACAAAAUUAAAAACUGCCUCCUCUAAGUUGAUAGUCAAGAACAGCACAAGUGUCCAAGACAAGAAUUGUCUGGACUCGAACACCAAAGCCACUAGAAAAGUAUUACCAAUAAUAAAACAGAAAACUUCUGUGAAGGGAACAAAGACUCUGUCUCAAGGUGGAAAUAAAGGUUUAGAGACCAUACGCAAGGUUUUUUCCCACUCCGUUGGCUCUGGGUUCAGAAGUGCUUUGGCAAAAGUUUUCCGCAAGCCACCAUCAGGCUCACGGCGACAUAGAAGUGUAAAAUCUGUGAAUAAAACGAUAAGUCAGCUUAAUGAGAAAUCAAACAAAAACAAGACUGUGAAAGACUUUGAGCAAAAACAGGAAAAGUGCCCUAUCAAGCCGACAAUGUCUUAUGAAAGUUUGGAGCAGCUUAACUCACUAAAACAUAAGCAACAGAGACAAUGGCGUAGUGCAGAAGUUCUAACGAGUACCAAGCAAUGGGUUGCAGUGCAAAAAGAAACAGCUGGAUGGGUGGAACAUGGUGGUUGGGAGGAUCCGAACGGAUCUUCAGAUUGUGAUAGUAUCUUCUCAUUGGAUUCACUGUCAUCAGCUUAUGCUACAGCUCUGGCUGAGCAACUUCAGCAGGAGGAAUGUGAUUCCAGUGACGCUGAGUGUGAAGACAGUCAGAUGUCUCAAGAUUCUCUUGUUAUGGAGAGCAGUGGGAAGCAUGUGACUGCCAGACCAAUGCUGAGGUUUAAAAAAGUUUCAAGCCACUUAACCACCCCUACAAUACCGGCUUCAUGCAGCUCUCAGGCAAUUGGCAAUAAAGAGCAGAUGAGAAUAUCCAAAGAUGUACCUGCAGAGGUUUUCUGGAGCCUUAAUGGUAGUCAGAAGUUGAAAACGGAGAAUGGCCAAGGCAUGGCUAGAGAGCCUUCACACAUCUCUUGUCUAGCAUCUAAAUCAAGACCUUGUAGUGGUGCAAGUAUGAGAGAGACAGAGAAUCUACUUGCUCUUACUGAUGCUUGGUCAUCUACUGAUGCAGCAGACAGUCCCAGAAUCAUCAGGGCUUCAGGACACUUGAUCAAACAGGAUCCACACACACUAAUAGAGAGCAGUAGAUGCCAAAGCUCUACAAGCCUGGAUCUAUCAGACAACAUGAAUGCCUCAGAAAGCCAGAGCUCACCUCGUUCUGACUCCACUCAGGAUGGAAAUACAACACUUGAAGAACAAAACGACACAUCCUUUGAAAAUACCCUGUUGUUAGAGAAUGAUCUCAGUUUUAUCCCAGGGCAGGAGAGCUAUUUUAAUGAACUGACUACCAAUGCAGGACCAUGUACAACUCACACAGUCUGCGACUCUACAGACUCUUCAGAUGGGGAAGCAGACCCAAAUACCCCAACCACUGAAUAUGAACCACUGAAUCCCACUGUGACUGAAGCAUUGCUGAUCAACUCUUGUUCCAAAGAUGGUGAGAUCUCAAUAAAUACCACUUGCUUCCCAGUUAACUCUAGUAGGGAAGAUUUACAUGUUAGAGAGGAGCCAUCAUCAUCCCCAGUGUACCCUGAGGAUUGUUCUCUGAAGUCAAACUUAAACCUGACAGCAGGUUAUCAGGCUUCAACAUGUGACAAUGCAGAAGAUCCAGAAGUUAAAAACUCUAAAACAGCACAGAUUCUAAAUGAAUCACACAACAAUGCAAGCAUUGCCAAUGGCAAAACCAUUGAACACUGUGAUGAAAAAAAGAAGUACUUCUAUACAAAACAGUGCACAGAAAUGGCUUGCACAACAGAUACCAAAGAUUAUGCAUUGACAAUCGAACAAUCAGACAAGCAUGGCGGAGAAGUUAAUAGAUUUGUCAGAAAUGGCGAACACUUUGGUGUACAGUUGGAGAAUGAGCCAGUCAUUGGAGCAUGCAAAAUGAAAGACCCUCAUGCAGGCUUUGUGGGAAAUAUGAAGCUUCCAAAGAAAAGUUAUGAAUAUGUUUCAGACACCGAGACAGCACUUUUAAAUAUGGAUCAGGAACUGUCAUCUGCUUGUUCAACAACCAAUGCAGAACCUGUAAAAAAUAGAUCUCUUUUGAAAAACUGGCUAACACCUGAUAUGAUGGAAAACACUGAUCAAGAAAUAAAAAAAAUUAACAAAAAAAUAAAAAAUGCACCAUUAGCCAGUGAUGAUCACAAGACUUUAAUCAGCAAAGAUCACGUUAAUACUUUUAGAAAUGACAGUAGUGUAUGUGAUAGUGGGCUGACACAAACAAAUUGUACUUGCCUGAAAUCCACUAGGAGUGCAGAGAUUAAAAACACUAUUGACAACAGUACAGAGGAUAGAAAAUAUGCAGGCCAGAUUGCGGAAAGAAAGGCCGAUAACCGAUAUUUUCAGAUGAGCGACUCAGCAAUUAAUGAUAAAAUAUCAGAGGUGGUGAAAGAACAUUUUAUGAUGUCUCUAAGAGAAGACUACAGUGAAGAUCAAGAGCCAAACACAAAGAAAGAAAAUACUUCUUCAGCUAAACUUGAUCACUUGAAGUCCAAAACAAACAAACAUGAAUUUAAUUACAAAAGUAGUCAGGCUGGACAUGGUGAGAAUAAUAGUUCCCAGACUUUCUCAUGUAUGUCAAAAUCAGAGAUUCAUACAGACAACUCUACUGUGCACUUGGAUAACGGCAAUGCACAAACAGAAUCAAGACAUUCUUUGACUUUAAAGGACCACACAAUCUUGAACUCCAGUGGCACAGAAGAGCAUAUUGUAAGGAUGAAAGAGAAGAAAGUUGAACAAGAAAGUCCAAAAUGUGGAUAUGUCAGUGAUAACAUGGAAUCAGUACUAUACUGCACUAUACAGGAACAGAGCACAGAUAAACUAAAAACAAGUGAAUCAGUGGUAUCGUGUGUCAAAGAAACUAUUGUUGAUGUGAAUAGAUCAAAAGAGAACAUUAUUGUCUGCACCCAACUGAGAAAGGAGUAUGUUGAUGCUUCAAACCCUGUUCAAAUGAAAGAUUGCAUCAGCGAAGGGGAUUUAGAGGGUGGUAGAGUCACAGUAUUAAAACCACUGCUUCCCUGCAUGUUUGCACAUGAUACUUUAUCUCUUAAGCUGACAAAUGGGUUGGAGAAAGUUCAGAAAGUAAAUCACUGCUUGCACCAGAAUGCACAGGUAGUUGACAACAAAACAAAACUAAAUGAAAGUGCACUGAUCUCUAAGGAAAUGCACAAUUGUGAUGAUAAACCACUAACCUAUGGACAUUCAAGACUUCUGAAUGAAACUUUGUGCUCACCAAGUGAAAACUGUCUUAUGAAGGUCUCAACUCCAGGAAAGUCCAGUAAAUGCAGCAUUCCUCAGGUGUUAUUGUCCUCUGACGCAACAGUGAAACAUACUGUCUCAGGUAUACACUCUGAAUAUGUAGCUGAUACUUUUCAGCAAACCAUGGAGGCACAAAAUAAAAAGACAUGUUCAUAUAACUCUUCAGUAUCAAGUAUGGAAGAUUACCACUCAACAGUGGAUGGCAGUUACCCAAUUCCUGAAGCCCUGCCUUUAAGCAAUCUUGCAUUUUAUGAAUUUGGUCCAGGAAAUCUUGGAAAACAUAAUGGUUGUGUCAGCCAAGAUGAAACUGCCACUAUCAGUAGUAAUUGUGAUAAAGACAAAGAAAGACAUGUGGAGCACAUACUCAGCGGUUACUCUAAAGAUUUAAGAAAAGACGCCACCAUUUCAGAUUUAAGCCAGGCACCACAAAGAACACAAAUGCACAAUUUGCUUAAAACCUGUGAAACUGGAAAAAUCAACAAGGAUCAGUCAAUCUACACAAGUAAUCAAAUGGAAAUGGUGGUUACAUCUCAGUAUAAUGAUGGCAGCAUCAAAGGAAUGCAAAGUUGUGAUAAACAACAACUGAAAAAUCAAGAGCCAAACAUGCCUAAAAAUCACCAGUCAACUUGUAUGCAAAAAAGAGAGCCUGAUAAAUCUGUUGAGGUAUAUCGCAAUGCAAAACAAACUCAUUGCAGUCAAAAUACAAAGGAAUAUUAUAAUAACACAUGUAAAUCUACAGACAGAGCAGAACAUGUCACAGCAGCGAAUGCUACAAAACAUUUUGUUGGCAAUGGUAAUGAUGACAGACGGAAAGGAAAACAAAAGCGAUACAGAAAGGCCCACUUUAUAGCACCUCCAAGUUCAUCCACUGAUUCUGCACCCGAUUUAUCUUUGGAUGAAAGUACCACAUCUAAAGGUCAUGUGUCUCGUACCAAACCUGCUUCUCAAGCAAACCUGCUUCCUACCGGUCAAAAUGCUCUUGGCAAAUACAAAAGUUCUCCACUUGAUGAACAAAGCAUUCCUUUACCUUCAGCAAUUAGUCCAAGAUCAUUAGAAGUACAAUCAGGACAGAGAUACACCCAGCAGCCUAGACAGAUACUUACCAUACGCAGCGAAGCUGGGAUUGAGACCGUUGCAUGUCAACAAGAUCAUGGUUCUACUGAAGAAAUGCCAAAGAUAGAGAUGACAGAAUCAAAGGGUGAUAAAGACAUUACUUUAAGGAAGAAUGCUUCUUCCGAGGAUAUUUCAGUUUGUGUGGAAGACCACGCUCAGCCAUUUGAGGAGACUGUCCCACAGACAAGAGAUUCUGCAAUGCAUUUUGCUUCAAGUGAUAUUAACCCAUUUAUUCAUUCAAGAACUACUGUGGCGGUUAACACAGCAGUCCACAAAAAGCAGGCCUUUGGAAGUGCAGCCAAUUUAUCCUGCAAACACUCUCCACUCAAUAGUUCCAACAAGAAUAUGACAAGGUGCUGUAGUGUAGACAAUGGCCUAAAUAUUCAGGACUCCCCUUUCAGUUCCCAUUUGAGCGCAUAUGUAAUUCAUAAAGGCCUCUCUAGCACACUGAGUAGUAAUGAAUAUUCUAGAGAUCAAAUUUCUUCUGAACCUUUGCUGAAGGCAGCUUCCUGUUCCUCUAGCAGUUCAAAUAAGCAGACCCUAACAGCUUUGAAAUGUGACUCUUACAAUGGUGCUUCAGGUCAAGUUGACGAAAUAGUGCUGGUCUACUCCUCUGAGUAUGAAUCUCAGGAACAUCCGAGUCCAAGCAGGUGUGAUCAAGGCACACAAACCAUUGAGGUUAAUAAGGACCUUAAAAGGAAGAGCCGUCACAGAAGAAGCAGCACCCAGACACCAGUGUCCAAACCAGGGAAUGGUGCCCCAACCACGUGGACAAGUCUGCAGAACAUGUCUGAACAUCUCUCUGACCUGAUACACAACACCUCUGAUCUUCUGGGGAACAUACAGUGUAUGCGAACAGGGGAAAAGCCACCAAAAUAUGACCAGCCUAAACACUGUUUCCAGGUUUCAUCUGGCAGUAACUACAAGAGGGACUGUUGUACACAAACUUCACUGGACAUUGGGGUCCAGACAGAGAACGCUCCAAGGUCAACAAAUGCUACAGCCCAUGAAGUAAAUGUUAUUGUUAAAGUCAUUGGCUCAGAUAUUUGUAAUGUGUCCCAGCUUGAUGGUGAUGCCAAGAUUUUGAAGAAUAAAUGUGAAAGUGAACAGUCCUAUGAAAGGAUUAAAAGCCUGCCUGAUUUACGUCCCAAAAGUUCAAAGGUGACUGAGAGUCAAGAUUUUCUGAUUCCUCCCCAAAAGGUUCUGUCACUAGAGACUCUUGUGCCAAAUCAGGAUGCUCCCACUUUGGAAGCAUUUGAAGGAAACACAGUAGAUAAUUCCUGUAAGAAGUCUUCAUCCAGCUACCUUGGAGCAAAACGCUCGCAUAUGAAGCAAGAGGAGAAGCAGACUUGUCAUAGAAAUGCAGACCUAAGGAAUUGCUUUAAUAAACAAAUUAUGCUUAUGGACCGUGCAUGCUCCCCUAUUCUUACAGUGAAGGCUGCAAGAUACACCCAGCAAAGACAAGUAAAAACAACCCAUGCUUCAACAAACCAUAAAACCGAGGGACAAGAGAAUCAGUACUCAAAUGUAUACAAUGUGCCAUUGAAAGGUCAUAAAAUGGCCAACCAUGAGAAUAAGGUACUAGAUCAGGAGAACCUUUGUAUCCUUCACAGUAAAAAUGCAAGAACAGCAUCUACAUCAGCGUCAUCUGUGACCUAUGAAAACCUGAGUGACCUUAGUUGUCCAAAUCUAGGUGGAUCUGAUGACUUCUCAAAUAGCAUCUGUCCCCGCAGCAAAUGCAUGAAAAAUGAGAGGAAUGAAUAUUCUCAUGAAGUUGAAGACAGGGUAAUAAGUAAACCCAACCAUUCCCCAACUCAGCCACAAAGAAUGUCCCUCUCCCCUCCAAGCAGUACCAUUGGUGUCCAACGUGCAUCCUCCUCCGAUAACGUCAGACAAUCUAAAAUGGAAAACGUAGAAAGACCUCAUUUUUUAACUGUGAACAGUCAUUUGAGUCACAGAUCUUCCGAGUAUGUAAUAAAGAGUUGGGAUCAUUCAAAACAAAGUACUGUGCAACAGCAGGAAGAUGACGUGAUGUCUCUGGUGCCAAGCGAGUGCAACACAGAUGUUCUGGUCAGCAUCAAUCCUCUGGCAGAAUCCAGCACACUCAAAGAACAUCAGUGGAUCCCUAAUGUUCUGCCCAUGCACAACAAAUUUACUAACUGGUCUGGCAUUAAUCAGCAGCCACCAUCAACACUUAGUAAAAUUCACAGACCAACUGGACCGCACUUGACAAAGCUCAGCCCCAGUUACUGGCAAGAGCCAUCAGAAAAAACAGACAGGAGAGCACAAGAAAUUGAGAAGCUGAGGAAAGAACGUGAGCAGGUUUUAGCCUCUGUACAUAUGGAUCUGAGCCCUCAUCAGCUGACUGUUGAACUCACAGAGGCCAAGCUGCAUUAUGGCCAAGGGGAAACAGACACUCUGCUUAAAAUUCUCAAGUCUGGUUCUAAAAAGGCAUCUUCAGCCUGUAACAAACAGGAGCUCCUUAACAGGCACAGGAAGAGCAUUGAAAGUUUGAGAAAAGACAGAGAAGCCCGUCUUCAGAUGUGCCGUCGGGCUCGGAGCCUCAGUCCCAGUAAGCAUCGGAUCCCUAUAAAUUAUGAGGAGCAAUCUCAAAGAGUUUCAGACCUGCCAAGCAGACGCAGGGAAUAUCUGCAGCAGCUCAGACAAGAGAUUGUCGAAACCAGCAGAGUUCCUGAUUCACCAAGAAGGGAGGGUCAAUGUCCAUCUGACAUUGAGCUUCUAUUGCGUGACUACAGUCGAGCCCGUGAGGAGGCAAGAGCAGAGAUUGCACGUGCACGAGACCGACUCCGUGAGAGGACCGAACAGGAGAAGAGACGACUACAGCAGCAAGCUCUCUCACAGGCAGUGAAGGAUGACCUGCGGUUUCGCACACGCAUUAGUAACAGUACUUUAUGUAGUGGUUCGAACCUGAGUCUUUCCUCAGGGCCCACUUCAGGGUAUAACAGCAGCAAUGCUGCCUUACUUAAAGAUAUUACCUCACCAUUAAUACAGGUAAACGGAGUCUCAGAAUUCAAAGUAAGGACUCGACCUCCAGUGAUCCCGUUGCAGACUUCAAAAGCUCAGCGUAGAUGGCUUUCAGUCCAGGAUGUCAGCCUGGAGACAUCUGUGACUGGAUAUGAGUCCUCCUCCACUCCAUCAUCUCCUCCCUGUGCUCGACAGCGCACUCUCUCCUUUGGCUCUCCUUCAUCUAUAUCAACUUCAUAUCAGGAUAUCGCACACUGUACUCUUGCCAGUGCUAUUUCUGAAGUAUAUUUGGCCUCUGGCGGUGAUGCGAGGAAUCUGCUGGCUGGCAAGGCAGCUGCUGGUUGGAGGCAACAAGGUGUGGAGAGAGGCGUUCAAGUCUUUCACAAGGCUACUUCCAGACCCUCAGCUCAUGGGUUUCUUGGAGCAGUUGAGCUGGAGAGACCUUUGGCCAGUCUGUGGUCUAUAGUUCAAGAUCACUCAAAGACUCACCUGUACCACGAGUCUAUUAAAUCUGCCUGGACACGACCACUUGACAAAAGCACACAACUAGUCUAUCUUUUGACGGAUGUAUCCAACUGCCAGCUUAAACAGCCGCGGGACUUCUGCUGCCUCAGUACAGAAUCUAAACAGGAUGAUAUGUGGGUGCUGGCCAUGCAGUCUGUAUUUGAGGAGACACUGCCACGUCCCAGUGUGGAUACUAUUCGAGGUGAGAUUCUACCCAGCGCUUGGAUACUUCAACCCAGCCAGCGUAACGGUCGAGAGUUAGUCACUGUCAUCUACUUGUUACAAGUAGAUUUGGGAAGCCCGUCCUUGGCUCCUAGACUGCUGAAUACAGUGUCUAGAAAGCAAGCAGCAGUCAUAGCAGACCUCGAUUCUUUCUUCUCUUUAUGACCAAUCAGGUUACACAUGUAGCAACAAGCACUUACACUAAACCCCUGAAGGUUUUUGCUAAGAUUUGCACCUCAUGUUUUUGCUCUUUACUUGAUUCUUUUUCACAUAGCACUGAUGGUAUGAUUAUAUUGUGUAAUACAUUAUCUUGCCUUAUUUUAUUUUGUCUUUAUUGUUGUUAUUAGAUAACU